CUCUGCUGUUGGCUGGCUGCUCGGGCGGUUCUGACGGUGCGACCGACCGUGGUCGUGAGAUAUCGAUCGUUGCGUCGACUAACGCCUACGGCGACAUUGCGAAAGCAGUUGUCGGAGAUCGGGCCGACGUCACCAGCAUCAUCACCAGUCGUGCGCAAAAUCCGCAUGAGUAUGAAGCCACGACUCGCGAUCGGCUUGCCAUCGAGCAGGCGAGUGUGGUCGUCCAGAACGGCGCCGGAUAUGACUCGUUCAUGACCACGCUGGUGGCCACGUCCGAUGCUGACCCGGUGGUCGUGACCGCGACCGGGCUCUCCGGAUUGCUCGACAUUGCGCCCACGGACGACCACGACCACGGAGGUCACGCCCAUGCUGCGGGUCUGAACGAGCACGUCUGGUAUGACCUCGACACUGCCGCGAAAGUGGCAGAAGAACUGUGCGGCCAGAUGACCAAACUCGACGCUGACAAUGCCCUUUCAUAUCGGAAGAAUUACCGCGCAUUCGCGCACGAGGUCGACGAACUACGUGCCUCGGCGUCGGAUCUCAAGAAAUCUGCUAGCGGCAAGAAGGUCGCGACCAUCGAGAGCGUUCCGCUGUAUUUGCUGCAGAGAGUGGGCUUGGUCAAUCGCACUCCCUCCGAGUUCGGCCGGGCCGAGGAGGAAGGCAGCGAUGUGCCUCCUCAAGAACUACAAAGAACUCUGGAUCUGUUUACCGACGAGAAGAUCGAGCUGCUGGCCUACAACCGACAGACGGCCACCGGCACCACCAAGAAGGUGCGCGCCGCCGCCGUAGCAGCCGACGUCCGAGUGGUUGACUUCAGCGAGACGCUGCCCGAUGACAAGUCCUACAUCGAGUGGAUGCAGGGCAAUCUAGACAACAUCGCCGCGGCCCUGGUAGCACGUGGACACGUCAAUUAG